AUGAUGAGGUAGGUGAUGGAAUGCAAACUUUUUGAAGCUGGUUUAGUCUGUAGUUAGUCUGGUUAUGUUAAUAUUGUUUUUGUUUUGAGUAUAAUGUCAGUUUUGAGCAAAAAUUGCUGGUUUUUUCGAAAAAAAAACGAAAAAAAUGCAAAAAUUAGGGUGUAUUGCAUCAUGUCUAACAUAGGAAAUUCGUAGUAAAACAUUUGGAAACUACCCUACCCUACCCUACCCUACCCUACCCUACCCUACCCUACCCUACCCUACCCUACCCUACCCUACCCUACCCUACCCUACCCUACCCUACCCUACCCUACCCUACCCUACCUUACCCUACCCUACCCUACCUCAUUCUACCUUGCCCUACCCUGUUCUACCUUGCCCUACCUUAUUCUACCUUCCUUAUUCUACUGCAAUGCUACUUUUCGCCCGGACCGGUCCGGAGCGUUUUUCAAAAAUCCAUUUCAACGUUUUUCAAAUCCGGUUCAAACUUCAAGUUUUUAGGUCCGGUCUAAACCCAAAAUUUUUAGGUGCAGUUUAGUCCGCAAAACACUGUACCUUGUAGGUUAGCAAACUUUAAAAAGCAAUGUAAAAAUAGCGUUCUCAUCUGUCUGUGAAUAAAAAACUAUUUUUAUUUACGUCCCUCAGACCUUAUUUCCUCAUUCCUUGGCCAAAAAGCUGUGUUUUCUUUCGAAACGUUCCUUCUUUUCCAUGAUGCAAUGGCUAACGUCCUUGGUCUUUGGCUAACAUUAUUGUUCCCUGGCUAACUGUUCUGGCCUUAGGCUAACGUUCCUGGGCUUUGGCCAAGCUUCUUGAUCUUUGGCUAACGUUUUUGUGCCCUGGCUAACGGUCUUGGUCUCUGGUUAACAUUAUUGUUCCGUGGCAAACUGUUCUGGCCUUAGGCUAGCGUUCCUUGGCUUUAGCCAAUAUUCUGGGUCUUAAGUCUACGCUCUGGUCCCAUGUUAUCGUUCUUGGUUACUGACGUACGUUUUUGGUCCGUGGCUAAUGUUCUAGGCUUCUGUAUAAUGUUCUUAGCUUUUGCCUGAAGUUCUAGGCUUCCCGCGAACGUUCUGCGGUUUUGGCUAACGUUUUUGUGCUCUGGAUGACGUUUCUAAAGCUUGGAACGUUAAUUUUUGUUUUCUGGGCCACGGAACGUUAGCCACGGGCCAAAAUGCUUUUUUCUAAAGAUCGCCGUUGUUUACUUAUAUUCAUGGCUUUUGAAACCUUAAAUUCAAUUUACGUAUCUUUCGGGAAGUUGGACGAGAAGUGGCAGUGUUACUUUAUUUUUGUGUGUUAUGGCACUUUAUUGGCAAAAUUUAUGUUUUAGGUAGUAGAGUAGAGUAAGGCGGGGCAGAGUAGGAUAGGGCCGAGUAGGGUAGGGCAAGGUAGGACAGAACCCCUUCAAAAAAUAAAACAGAUAAAAUUGCUAUACUCGCAACAAUUCUUUAGGUUUGGGUCGACCUUUGGGCUAGGAUUCUAAGCUAGGGCUCUGGGCUAGGGCUCUGGGCUAGGGCUCGGAACUAAGGCUCUGGGCUAGGGGUGUGGGCUAGGGCUGUGGGCUAGGACUCAGGGCUAAGGCUCUGGGCUAGGGCUGUGGGCUAGGGCUCUGGGCUAGUGCUCUGGGCUAGGGUUUGGCCUAUACCUAUAUCUACUUGAUACAAACUUUUCUGACACCUCAUUGACCCAAAAACUAAUAUUAACCUUGUCACAACUCAAAGAUUCCUCCUUCUGACAAUGUUUUUUUAACCUCGUAACCCACGUAGCGUCUCGUCACCUUCCUCUCCUCAACCUCUAGAUAACGUUUCUUUACCUCAAAAGGUAAUCAGAUCUAAAAUCAAUGUUUAUCUGAUUAUAACACUCGAAAACGUGAAAUUUGCUAAUUUUUUCAUUCAAAAUGAGCGGACGUGCCCCACAAGCACAUUCUCUUUGAAACGCCGUUCCAAAAAGCCGGAACUUUAGUCUUCACGGCCGAAAACCGAAAAUGCCGUGUUUUUAGAGGCAUAAAUAUUCUCGCAUAGGUCUUUGAUCUGCUCGAAAACUCAGGUUUUUAGCGAUUUUUUGAGGAAAAAGUGGCCAUAUGUUAGUCUUUAUAGAUAAAAAGUGGCAAAAUUUUUAUGUUUUUAGCAAAAUAUUUUAAUAUUAUUUACAUUUUUAUUCAUUUUUACAAUUUAAACUGCAAAACAAGCCUUAUUUCAAUAACUGAUUACAUUUUCCAAUAAAAAUGUCAACGAAAUGCCACAAAAACGAAGUUUUGUCGAAAUCACGUUCAUUUUGUAAAUUUACAAAAUUUUGUCGUUCUCCUGCCUUCAUAUUCAUCUAAUACUAAAGUCUAGUCUUAAGUUGUGCUUAUGAAGUAAGUUUCUUCUUUUCUUUAGUUGUCUUACGGUUUUAGGGGUCAAAAACAUCAUGGAUAAUUUAAUUUUCACGUUUUUGGAGGUCUUAUUCGGCUUCUUCGGCUUUGUUUGUAUCUUUAAUACUAUAAAGAACAGCUUUUACUAUAAUUUUCUAAUAUUUGUGAUGGGUUUGGAGCUAAAUUUGGCAUAAAAAAGCCGUGUUUUUAUGAAGUUUGGCUAGUGUAAUAUAGUUUUGUGAUUUUGGGUCAAAUUUUGAGCGGAAAUUUUUGUUAAUUCUGUUUGAAAGGUUUAAAAUUAGCUAAAUUAAUAUUUUUAUUACUUUUUUAGUCUCAUUUUGAGCGAAAAAUGUCAAUUUCAAUGUCUUUUUCUUCAAAGACACCUAGUUUACCACAAGUUUUUUCAAUUUUAGGACGAUAUAUUCGCUUGAAAUGAUUUUGGGUCUAUAAGUUAUGGUUAAUAAAAUGUAUUGUGAACCGAUCUAACGGUUUUUGAAAGUAAAUUUGUUAUUAUAACAUACGUUUUUCCAAAUUUUAGAUUUUUUCGUGGUUAAUAUCGCCUGUAUUUUUUUGAAAAUCGUUUUUAGGUCUAAUUUCUUAGUUUUUAAUGAUUUUUUUGUUCAAAUUUUGAUAUUUAUUGAUAUUUAUUAUCUUUAUAACAAUAUUAACUUUCAGCGACAUGUCCCAAACAAUUGCCGGCCUUUUGGAGGAGGUAUCUCCGAUCCAAAAGACCGCUCAUAACAAGGUCACCGUCGUUGGCGUAGGCCAAGUUGGUAUGGCCUGUGCCUACAGCAUUCUUCAACAAAAUAUGGCUUCCGAAAUCUGCUUGGUUGAUGUUGUACCAGACAAGCUGAAGGGCGAAAUGAUGGAUCUUCAACAUGGUUUGGCAUUCACGAGACCAUGCACGGUUAGAGCUGGUACUGAUUACGCUAUCACUGAAGGAUCAAAGCUUUGUGUCAUUACUGCUGGAUGUAGACAACGUGAAGGCGAGACUAGACUGUCGUUGGUGCAAAGGAAUGUUGAGAUUUUCAAGGGUAUUGUGCCUAAUUUGGUCAAGUACAGCCCGAACACUAUCAUUUUGGUGGUUUCGAAUCCAGGUAAUGGAUUUUUUGGAGUUUAUUGGGCUUUCAGCUUGAUAUCUUUUGAAAUACACGAUUACCCAUUACUGUUUCAUGAAUAUAUAACUUCUAAAGACACUAUUCAAUACUAUUUUAGUAUAAGUUUUAAAUUCUUAGCUAUUUUCAGCGUUUUUUGCUUAAAUUUAUAUUAUAUUGGACAUUAGACCGCUUAACUCAAUAUAAAAGAUUAUUUUUGAAGUUUUUGGCUUUUUACUUUAGCUUUGUGCUGUUUAUAAGCUUUAACAGACUUUAUUUUAUUAUUUCAAUGCAAGAUUUUUAAUAUCUUGGUGGCUUUUAACUUUAUUCAUCAAAUUAUAUUACCCAUUAUAUCAGAUCUUCCAAAACAAUAUAAUUUUUAGUUUUUGACAUUUUCAGUUGAUGUUCUGACUUAUGUGACUUGGAAAUUGUCUGGCUUGCCUAAGGAACGUGUUAUUGGAUCUGGAACCAACUUGGAUUCAGCUAGAUUUAGAUUUUUGCUUUCUGAACGUCUUCAAAUUGCUCCAUCAAGUUGUCACGGCUGGAUUAUCGGUGAACAUGGCGACACUUCUGGUUGGUUUUAUAUUAUUUCAAACUUUAUUAACUUGGCUUUAUCUUGCGACCAAACCUACGUUAUAUUAUCUUAAAUUCAUUAUGUAAUCAGGCUAUAAAGUUAUAUUACCCAUGAUUUUGUAGUGCCAGUUUGGAGCGGUGUUAACGUUGCUGGUGUGCCAUUGGUGAAGGUCAAUCCGAACAUUGGAGGUCAAGACGAUUCAGAUCAAUGGGCUAAGCAUAUUCACAAGGGUGUGGUAGACUCGGCUUACGAGAUUAUCAAGCUGAAGGGAUAUACAUCAUGGGCUAUUGGUCUCUCCGUGGCUACGAUCGUCGCGGCUGUGCUACACAACAGUCGAAAUGUGUUUGCAUUGUCUACUAAUGUCAAGGUAAGUUUGGUUGUUGUGUUGCAAUUGCAAACUGUGGCAUAUGAACGGAAAGACUGAAAGAAAUAACAGAUUUUAUAUUAUCCAUGGGUUUGGUGCGAUGUGGACAUAACGUUUUGUUCUUUUUAAGGUUUUUGAAUUUUGUCAUUGAGGUAUGAUUAUAAAUGUCAUAGGACUGUAAAAAUGAAAAAAGAAAUUGUUUUGGGUUUAUGUUUGCUUUGAUACAUUGAUUUUAUAUUAACCACGGGUAAAGUGGGAUGGAUAAUAUAAAACAGAUUGUAACUGUUUUGCUCCUAAGAUUUUUAACGUGUUAGCUUAAUACAGUCAUAAUGGAUGAUAUUAAGCUAUGAAAAAGUAAAAAAGUAGAUUUUUUGAUGCAAUAUUAACAAAGAUACAUCAAUCUUUAUGUUGCCUAUGAGCUCACUGUUAUGAGUAAUAUAAAAAUUGAUGUGUCGUAGCUCUUUUUAAUUUUAAUACGAAGCUUUUGGUAAAAUUACGUAUCAAAGAGAAUUAUAAACUUAAUAUUUAAAAUUUCAGGGCUUCCACGGCAUCGACACCGACGUAUACUUGUCUUUACCAUCAGUUCUGGGCGCCAACGGCAUUACCCACAUUGUGAAGCAAAACUUGUCGGAUCAAGAGGUUGAACAGCUCAAGAAAUCAGCAGCAGCCUUGGAUGACGUUCAAAAGGGCUUAACUCUCUAA